UAUAGGGAGUGUCUGUACUGACUCCUACGUCCUUAUGAUGUACGCUGUGUUUUAAUUCCCUCGUAAAAUAGAAUUAAUAGAUUGCUUCUUAGAAUUUUUUUCCUCGGCAGCUACACUUUCCACCACUUGAAGCCGAACUAUUUGGCUGGGCGUAAAACACCAAUUUCCUCCACUCCCUCCACUAGACGCCGCAUGAAAAUUUGAACGAGCUUAUCUUAUUCUGAAGUCCAAACAAACUUCCGUGAGUUCCAUUUCUGGCUAUAGGAACAUUUUAAUAAUCUUCUAAGCUGUCCUUUUACUCGACACCCUCAGCAAACCUGCUUUACGAUUGAUCCUUGUUGUCUGCGCCAGAUCAGGGGUCCGUCCAGACAUGCCUACAUCGCCAUCCCCGAGGUACAGACUUGGCCCGAGGAUAUCUCCUUCCGCGGUGAUCAAAUGCAAGCGCCGCAGACCUGUAUUUGUCGACUUCACUCCCUUGCUUCCUCCUCAAUCCGGACAGCAGCUGCAUCCCACAAAGCAGCAGACGAUAGAGAAACAGUUUUUCUCCAUCGUCAAAAGACCAGGUCCCCAUCUGAGAGCCCAGUGGCAAAGUUUACCCACGGGACCGAGACUUGGCCAAUAUAUGACUGGUGGGCAGGCACCGGCUGCUAGCGAGAAACAGCGUAAGAGUACAGUCAAGCCUCUGGUGAGAUUCCGGAGAGCUGUGAGGACCGUCCUCAGCCUGCUGAAGACAUUUAACAGGAGAGAGAGUGAGGAAAAGAGGAAAGAAGAACCGAUAACAUGGAGUGAUUUAGAGGUCAAGGCUUCUCAGAGAGCAUACCACAUGUUUGGUCUUACCUGGGAUCCUCUAACUUUCCGUAUCAACAAGGAGCUCAACAUCAGCAACGAGGCGAAAGCCAUCUUGACCUCGCGGCCAGACAUGCGCACACCUGAGCAACUGCACGUGGCGCUGCUGUCCCUGAGUCAGACAGUGCCCGCCUUCAGCGAGUACCCCAAGGCCAUGCGUGUCCUGGUCAAGGCCGGGUGGUAUGAGUUCGUGGAGGCCAAGAGAACAAUAAUAAGACAAGGUCACAAACCCUUCAACUUUUAUCUCAUCAUUUCUGGUACAGCCUUAGUGACAGCCAAGGAGGAAGCUGAGGAAGGAAAAGUCAGUCACAGAACAAUUGCCAUCCUCAAGAAAGGCAUGAGUUUCGGGGAGUCAUGCCUGUUUUCUGGCUGUCGGAGAAUUGCCACAGUAACGAGCAAAGACAACAUGGAGGUGCUUGUCAUCGCUCGUGACGACUACAUCGACAUCUUCCACCAGGACACCAGCGACGGCCAGGAGCCUGAGCAUAUCUCCUUUCUUCGUUCUAUUCGACUCUUCCAAGACUGGCCGGUGUCAUCCUUGACCCUGGGCGACCCCUCCGUAUGCGUGUAUACCUACGCCAGGAGGGGCACGCUACUGUGCAAGGACUCCGAGGAGGGCGAGUGGAUCUACGUCAUCAAGUGCGGCUCGUGCCAGGUGCUAAAGGAACUGACGUCAGUCACACCAAACAGGCCCUGCGGCCACAAGACAGAAACCUCCCGAAGAAGAUCGGGUGGCCUUCAAGGUUCGUCACAAUACGAGACACUCACACCGUGUGUCGAAGAGAGCCAGAGACGCUCUAGAUUUUCAUCUCCCUCCACCCUCUCGACAACUGGCUCUCCUGGCUCUGCGCACGCGCCUGAGCACCAGUCCCACCCCUUGAGGAGACUGCACACCUUCCAUCACACUUCUCGAGCUCGCGCCGCUGACCUCCUGCAGGUCACUCUGUCAUCAUCGAAGGAGGAAGUGCGGUCGGCGUGUAACAAACACAUUCAGGAGCUGGAGAGUGCUCUUCUUAAGAGAGGCCCAUCCUCACUGGCUGCUGGUGGAAAACGAAGCAGGGAGGACACUGAAGUGGAAGACUGCAUCACCAGGAAGAAACCUUCUGAAGAAGACAGGUGCUUUGUACAGAUCCUAACCCUAAGGCCAAAAGAUGUUUACGGCCUGGAUCACGUGGUGUUUCCGACUUUGAAGACCCCCACGCGUACCAGUCUAGUCUCAAACGGAGCCGAGUGUAUCCUCAUCAGCAAAAAGUUCUUUCUGAAACAUCUCACAGACGAUUGCUUCCGAAGGAUUCAAACGGAGAUUCGACCUUUGCCCUCUGAUGACGCUCAAGAGAAGCUCCAGGCAAAGACUGACUGGGAAUCAUACCGAGCCAUGGCCAUUUCUGAUGUCAUUGCCAACAAGAAACAUGUAUCAGAUUCUCUACGGUGGUAGUCCUCUCACACUCAGUAUUUAUGAGCAGCUGAGCUCAGCAGCAUGCAACCGUUAGCUAGCAACAACAUUUUUUAAAUUGCCUGACAUGGCUUGGUCCAGCUUCCAGUUGUAUCCCUGUGCUCAUGUGCUUUGUUUUGAAAGGAAUUUGUAAAGUUCACGUUUAUUGGACAUAUUUGUUGCUCAGUUGCUGACAUGCUUUGCUCCAGUUUUUGAGAGUAGUGCUUUUUUCUGCAUCAAUGAGAGGUUGACAGUGAAGUGUGUGCUUGUUUGUUUUGUUUUGUUUGUUUUUGUGUGACGUGAAAUGUAACACUUUUUAUGUAACUUUUAAAAGCUUGGGUGUACAUAUGUAUUCUGUAAUAAAAAAUCGCAUAUUUAUUUAGAUGGUCAUAUAUGCGCGUGCAUGAGGGCGUGGAUGAGAGAGACUAAGGGUAUUAGUUUGACUGCUUAAAAUCACACAGACCAUCUGGGUAUCUGGUGGUGUGAUCCUCGCCGCUUGUUGUUCUAUUAACAUUUUAGUGCCAUUUUGUCCAGGUCGUCAGACGUUUUGAUAACGGAAUAAUAAUAUGACUAGAUAAGUAAACUAUUUUUUAAUUAAUGAGUAUUGAGCUAUUUUCAAAGGCACGUCUUCACGAUGCUUUGCUUCCAAGUUUAUCUUAUCAGGAUUUGGGCGUAAAAUGUGUCUUUAUCAUUGAAAGCACAAUACAGGUACCAGUUUUACAUUUAGCUGAUCGAAAAUUCUACUGUGGAUGUCAAAGACAACGAUGACUGAUGCAAAUUACUAGCAUAAUAUUCGAUCAACGAUUCUGAAAACAAGACAAAUAAAAUUUUAUCAUGAAAAUUA